CGGACAGCUCAGCCUGGGGCCGGCGGACCCGGGGGCUGCCACCCAGCCGCCUGAGGCCUCUGCCCCGGCUGCGGUUGCCACCACCACCUCCAAAGGCAAGGGUGCCAAGAAGGCCCAAGGAAAGAACGCCAAGGCCAAGCGUCAACAGCUGUGCCUGGCAACGUGCGAGCGGGGUCGGCUUUCUCUCAGUGACCCAAGCAACCUGCGUGCCAAUGCCUCCUCUGCCGCGACAGCUGCAGCGGCACGGGUCGCCGCUCGCCUGCCGACACCCAUCCGUUCCACUGAGUGCCAGCCCUUCAUCAUCCUUGUCGGGCGCUGCCUCGUGGGGUCCCACACGGGACAGGGCAGCCUCGGAUCCACGUCGCGGAGGCGGAUCAGCAUUGUUACCGCCAGAGCUGAAGGCACAACACGCGGCCCACCGCUGCAAGCGCACAGGGGGAGGUCCACCUCCUGGAAGCAGGUCAGAAAGUGGCUCCAGCCCACUGGCUUCCUCUCACCUCCGCCGAAGCCCCUGCAGUCCAUCAAGUGCAGCUACGCUCUCGGAGGGCUCCUUCCCUUCCAGUCGGCGAAGCUCUGAGACCCACCUGGCUUCUCCAUCCUUCUCAUCACAACGACAGAAGCCCAAGGAUCGUGCCGCCAAAUAUGAGGCCUACAUGCCCCUUUGUGAAGUGCAACAGGCCCUGAAGAAAGGGGAGGUCGUAGAGGGGGUGCUGCGCAUCAACCCACGGAACUACGAGGACUCCUUUAUCAGUGCGCCGGACAGUCAGAUGGACAUCUAUAUUGGCGGUCUACAUGACCGGAACCGAGCGCUCAAUGGGGACCUUGUGGCUGUGAAGAUCAAGCCGCAAGAGGAGUGGAAGGUUCUCUGGGACCGGAUACACCUGUGGGAGCAGAAGAUGGGGCAGAGCAUCCACGACGCACUUUUGGGCAACAACAGCACGAGCGGAGGCUCUCCUGUCGAAGACGACGAGGCGUUGGAGGAGCAGCUCAACGACUCGCUCUUGGAGGAGGAUGCCGUGGAGGUGGAUGGAGACGAGUUGCCCGAAUCGCCAGUGCCUCCCGCAACCACCUGGGAUGGCUCCUCUCCAACCCCUGGGGCUCCCCGGCCUUCGGACACUAUCGAGGUGCUUGGCAUCGAGCGCCUGCUUGGCCAGGUCCAGGAGUACGUGCAGAAGCAGAAACGCAAUGGCAAGAGCCACCGCAAGUCGGGAGGCCCCCGCCCAGGCCGGCUGCCCAUGCCUUGCUCGCUGGAGGCAUCGUUGGCGCCACUCCCCUCGGCCAUAGUUGCCACGACACUGGGUGGAGACAGGCUACCAGCACCGACCGCUCCGCAGCCAGAGCCACAGCGAGAGCCGGAACAAGAGCAGGAGGUCGUCACUGUGGACCCCUGGGCCGAGACGGAGGACUUGGGCUCCACCAUGGUCUUCUCGCCCGAGGAACUGCUCGAGGUGCCCGAGCAAGAGCAGCACCACCGCUCCUCGUCGCCUCCUCUGCGAGGGCGUGCGGUCGCCCCCGACGAACUGAGCGGCGAGGACGACUGGUCGUCGGAUGCGGAGAGCACAGGCAGUGUGGCACUCGAGCAGCGCCUGGAGGACAUGGCCUUCCUGCAGGCCUCCUUGGACGCGCGCAACAACAACGACCAACAGCAAGAGGGGAGCGCGCCACCGGGCAGGGUAGGAGAAAGCGUCGCCGAGCGCAUUGGGCGCAGCCUCAACUUGGUGGCAUCCAUGGCCGCCUCGGAGGUAGACGGCAUCGAUGUGCCACCUCCGCCAGGGCCCGCUGUGGAGCAGCAGCCACAGCAGCAGCAGCAGCAGUCGUCGGACGGCAAAAGCGCUACAGCUGGCGGUGGCUGGGGGCCCCUCACGUGGGGUCUCGCUACCAGCGGGGACCAAGAAGGACCGGAAGACAAGCCUGCUGCUCCAGUGGCGGCCAUACUACCUCAGGCAGUGCAAGAAGUGCCUGUGCAGACGGCACCUGCAGUGGAGGAAUGUUGUCUCGUCAGCAGUCGCAAGGGCGAACGUGGGACUGGAAACAGCAAACACCGAAGAAGGCGUUCGUUGAAGAAGGGCAAGAAGAAGCAGGAGCCAGGCGCCACGCACAGUGGGCAGAGUUCGACACGUGCAGCCAAGGGCCAGUACGAGGGCCUCACGGUGUCCGACAUUCUGCGGCAUCCACUCUCCAAGCGCUUCGUACAGCGCACUGGAGAGGUGGUGCACAUCCUGGAGGCCAAGAACUCUAGAGUGACGGCUGGCCUCUUGCGACAGCUGCAGGACAACAACCCAAUGUGGGUGCUGUUCUCUCCGAGGGGCCGCUUUCCUCGCCUCAUGGUGCCCGCCCAGGAGUGCCCACCGGGCUUCUUUCAGCGUCCGGCAGACUUCUCCCACACCUUGUUCCUAGCCGAGUUGGUCAAGUGGUUGCCAGACGCCACCUUUCCUAUGGGGAAGAUUCGUCGUCUGCUCGGCCCCGCAGGCAGCCUAGCAGUUGAAACAAAUGCCAUGCUCGAGUCGUAUGAUGUGGACCACCAAGAUUUCCCACCAGACAUCCUAGAAGACCUCGGGGUCAGCUCCGAUUGGAAAGUGCCUGAGGAAGAGCUGUCGGGACGACGAGACUUUCGAGACGAGCUGGUGUUCACCGUGGACCCCAAGACUGCGCGGGAUCUGGACGAUGCAAUUUCGUGUCGCCGGCUGGUUGUACCCGAAGGAGAUCAACAGGAGCUCUGGGAGGUGGGCGUGCACAUAGCUGACGUGUCGCGCUUCGUGCGGCCCGGAACGAAGCUUGACCAGGUGGCUCAGAAGCGGGCGACCAGCGUCUACCUCGUGGAGCAGGUGAUUCCGAUGCUGCCCCGACUGCUGUGUGACAACCUGUGCAGCCUGCACCCCGGCGAGGACAAGCUGACUGUGUCCGUGGUGUGGACCCUGACGUCCGACGGUCGGGUGCUGAGCGAGUGGUUUGGCCGCUCCAUCAUCCGGUCGUGCUGCAAGCUGAGCUACGAGCACGCACAGGACCUACUGGACGACCCUGACCGGGAACGGGCCCCAGGCGAGCUGCCAGAUGUGUUCGGCAAGCACACAAUCGCAGAGAUGGCCGAGUGCCUGCGAGUUCUGCGUGGCAUGACGGAAUCCAUGCGCAAGCGUCGCUUCAGUGGGGGAGCCCUGCGGCUAGACCAAGUCAAGGUGGUCUUCUCGCUUGGCGAAAACUUCCAGCCCUACGGCUUCUCUGUCUACGAGCACACUGAGAGCCACCGGCUAAUUGAGGAGCUCAUGCUGUUGGCCAACAUGGCCGUGGCCCACCGGCUGUACAAGGCGUUUCCCGAGGAGGCCUUCCUGCGUUCGCACCCACCGCCCGACGAUGCCCAGCUGAUAGAGGUCGAGGCUUGCUCGGCCCACGGUGUGAAACUCGACACCACCUCGGCUGGCACUCUACAGGCCUCCCUGAAUGCUCUGGUGGGCGCAGACGACGAGCUGUCGCAUGCCAAACUCAACGUGCUCACGCACCUGCUCUCCAAGCCCAUGAAGAUGGCAGUCUACUUCUGUGCGGGGCGCCGAGAGGAUCCCUUCUCCUUUGCGCACUACGCUCUCAAUGUGCCUCUCUACACGCACUUCACAUCACCCAUCCGACGCUACGCUGACAUUGUGGUGCAUCGGCAGCUGGCGGCCGCUCUUGGCUGCGGACCUCCCGUGACGUCGAGUGCUUCGGAGUUGCAGACGGUGGCCGACCACUGCAACGACAACAAGUACAAGGCAAGGACGGUGCAGGAGCUGAGCACAGACCUGUUCCUGCACGCUUUUGUGGAGCAGUGCGGCUCGCUCGAGGACCGGGCCAUGGUCACGGCCGUGCUCGAACACGCUUUCGACGUGCUGGCGCUCAGCGUUGGCAUGGUCAAGCGCGUCUACUGUGAUAAGCUGGGCGUGAAGGAGUUCUCGCACUCGACCGAGGGUGGCCGCAGUGCCAUUGAGCUGCGCUACCAGUCCUCUCGGUAUGCAAAUGAAGUGGUUGUGGUCAACAUUGGUGUGUUCCAGCUGGUCGACGUGCUCAUCACUGUCGUGCCUCAUGAGCCACUUAAGUACCAGGUUGUUCUCAAGCUUCCGCCUUACACGGUGCCCGUGGUUCCUGCAAAGAAGGAAGACAAGGACAGAAGGCACCAGAAGCGAUGAAAAUGGACUUUAAAUUCUGCCUUACCCCUCCUCACAACAUAAUUUUUUUCUUCGUGGUUUUUUUCUUUCGCAUGGCUUCUUGCUUUUUUAUUUGGCAUGACUACUGAGGUGUUUUUGACACUUCCUCUUUGGAGCUGUUCUUUUGUGACGAUGCUUUUUUGAGACUGAUGAACUUUAUCGUGGGCUGCGCAAAAUGUGAUUAGGACAAUAAAAGGCUUAUUUCAUACA